AAUUAGUUGAUAUCAAAUCGCUGAGAGUUGAGAGUUUUGAAAAUCGUACAGCGUGAGUGCAAGUGACACAUCUACUCACCAUAGGAGACUGUCCAGCUCAGUAUUCUUACUUCUUUGUCAUCUAGAGAACUGCAGUGGAGUUGACUGUUACUACUCAUGUUUAUCAUUGCUUAUGUCUCUUUCAUUGUGCUCCUCGGUGGAUGCAUUUUACUUCAUCACUAUAUGUUUAAACGUCAUCCACAAACAUCGAUCAACAACCCAGCCUUCGUCACGUUUCAACGAGGCUAUCUUCUUGUCUACUACCUUGCAAUAAUGGCAGAUUGGCUACAGGGUCCUUAUCUAUACAAGCUAUACUCGCACUAUGGAUUUCUUGAACCUCAGAUAGCUGUUCUCUACGUCUGUGGCUAUGCAUCGAAUGUCUUGUUUAGUACGUUUACUCCACUAAUGACACAGACUUUCGGACGAAAGAAGGUCAUCAUAUUCUUUACACUUGUCUAUUCGGUCUGCUGCAUUACAAAAAUAUCGAGAGUCUACGGAGUUCUUAUUGUCGGACGAAUUUUGGGUGGAGCAUCUACAGCACUGUUGUUCGCAGCUUUUGAGGCUUGGUAUGUCCACGAACACGUCGAUACCAACGAAUUUCCUCAAGAAUGGUUAACCGAUACGUUCUCUAAAUCAUCCCUUGCAAGUGGAAUAAUAGCCGUUACAGCCGGGGUAUUGACAGAGAUACUGACUGAAUGGUGGAGUCUGGGGCCAGUGGCCCCUUUUAUUGCAGCAAUACCUUUUUUGGUUGCUGCCGGCGGCAUCGUUCUUUCACAGUGGGCAGAGAAUUAUGGCACAUCGAAGGUCCGUUUCAAGCCAAUGUGCAUGGAGGGCUUGAAGCACAUCUUAUCUGAUGUGAAAGUACUAUUGAUCGGCUUAGCGCAGUCUCUCGUAGAAAGUGUAGUGUGUGUAUUCGUGUUUCUUUGGACACCGGUACUGUCACCAGCAGGUCCUCCGUUAGGAAUUGUGUUUGCGAACUUCAUGGUGAGUACGAUGAUUGGAGGGGUUGUCUGCUCAUUGCUAACUAUCCACCAGUGGAAGCCGCCUCAGAUACUACUGCUUGCUACAUCUCUUGCCUCCAUUGCUCUUUUCGCGGCUGUUGUAUUUGCUUCUCAUCCACGAGUCUCAUACUUGGCCUACUUAGUUCUGGAACUCUGUUGUGGAAUGUACUUUUCUUCAAUGAGUCAAGCAAGGAAAGAGAUCUUGCCCGAGCCACAUCAUACUGCCGUUUUGAACUGGUUUCGUGUGCCCCUAAAUUUGACUGCCGCCCUCGUUAUCCUUCUGCUUCACGAUACAUCCAGCGGUGCUCCAGAGAUAUUCUCAGUCUGUACUGUGCUAAUGGGGACUGCUGCUGUAGUGAUUGGUCAUUUUGUAUGGAAAUAUAAGCAAACUGAGGCGGAGUCAUCAGACAAAGUGGAUUCUGCAGACAUAUAGAAUGUGUACAACAGCUUUUGUAGAUUGUAUGGCUGUUAGGGAGACGGUCAUCCAGCAUCAUAUGGCAGUUGGAUAUAAGUCAUUGAUAUCAAUAGAAAUGCUGUUUGACA